UCGCUGCUAGUCGCUGCUAGUCCAAGUUCAAGCCCCUAUGCGAAGCCAUGAAGUGCUGCUGAAUGUGGGUCUCUUUUGGGGCGUCCGUGCGAGACUCGACAAAUGUCCAGGUGAGGAUCGAUCCAGCGAUGGCACAUGUACCAUUGACGGAGGCUUUGUUUGCUUGCAGCUCCUGGACGAGCAUGGUCAUCCGCGGGACUUUGCACCAGCAAAAGACUGGUGGAACAUAACGGGUCAAUCAGCGCACAAAUGGGAUGCCCGGAUUCGGAGCAACGGUGGAGAUUCUUGGUGUGUUUGCGCUACGUGCGCGUCCGAGAUUGUGGACAAGGUUGGCUGCCAUGCGAUGCCCAUCCGCUGCAACGCAACGAAUAAGCAAGACAUUUUUGGCAUCAACUUGCCUGAGUAUGGCUCCUUAGAGAGAUGUCUUCGUCUAAAAUGCGGCUUUUCAUCCUUGUGGGACGCCAAUCUGGAUGACUUACAAAGAGAUCUGCAGGGUGGCUCCUGGGUCCAAUCCACAGUGGUUUUGGGUUGCGCUUUUGCAGCAGCUACUGCUUUGGCCCUUCUUCUGAGGAGGCUCUUGGCAGUGUCAAACUCGCCUCGUUAUGAAGCCGUGGACACCAGCGAUGGUGAGGGCCUGUUGGACGAGGAGAGGUUCCUGUGCCCAUGCGCAGAAUGAUGCGGAAGGGCCACAGCAUUCUGUUUUCAGCGUGUGUGAGAUGCGGAGCCAGGACAUUGCUCCCGUGAAAGGCCCUGUGAGAAUUGUACAGGGCAGCGCCAAAGAUUCCAUGAAAAGG